AUGAUCGUCCGUUAUUCGUUAAGACUGGAGGGUCAUGACCCGAUUACUCGUGUGGGCCGUGUGCACGUCCCGGAGCAGGAUUUCGUCCUGAUACCCGAUACGAGGUACAACCGCCUAGACCGAUACACCUUCAUCCCGGGGAAGCUCGAAGACGUCCCGAAGGGAAACCGCAUCAUGGACCGACUCGUCGCCGGGUUCGUGAAGAGCCUCGAGGAUGCUGGCAUUGACGACCAGAUGAGGAAGGGAGGCCGCCCGACCCGCAAGCGACAACGGUCGACGCCUCCGGGGGCCGGCGCGGUCGGUUCUACUGUCGAUCUGGGGACAGAGCAGCGGGGCGAGAAGGGGCCAAUGAGGAAGAAAGCGUCCAAGGGCGCGUCGGGGGAUCCGCUGGAUGUAGAUUCGGGAGCGUCGGAGCAGUCGGCGCCCAAGGGCAGGAAGAAGGCAUCCGUCAAGACUAGGGAGGCCGGUGGAAAGAAGAAGGCACCCGCCAAGGUAAAGAAGACGGCUGGGAAGGAGAAGGUGUCCGAGUCCGAGUCGGAGUCCGACACCACCCAUACGAUACGGUCGGCCCGGAGGAAGAUGACUCCUGAGCAAAGGAAGCAGCUCACCGAGAUAUCGAAGUCGACAUGUCCUGACCGGAUGAAGGAGCGGAACGCCGCCUUGGCUGCAGCCGACGAGGUGUCUAGGAAGAGGGAGGCGAAGCUUCUCAAGAGGAAGAAGGGGGAGGCGAAGAGCGCAGCGGUUGCCGCCCGGAAGGGGACGCCUGCCCCAACUGCGGCCCUUCACAAGAACGACAAUAACGUCAAGGCAGGCCCCAGCAACAAGCAGCCAGCCGGGAGGGCAGCCCCCGCCGCGGCGAGCCUGGACCCAUGCAAGAACGAUCAGGCCAACCGCCUCACGGCUUCGGAAAGCUCUUUCCUGAAGAAGCUCCUCGCAAAACAGCACGGGACCGAGUCAGGGGACUCGGAGGAAGAUGAUGACGAGUCCGUUGACCACCUCCAGGACGCGCGCUCCGAGCCACAAGAUGACCUCGAAAACGACGACUCACAAGGCGCCGGCGAUGGCGAAGCUGACGAAGCCUCUCUGAAGGUGAUGCGGGAAUGGCGCGCGGCACUGCAUCGUCUACGCCUAACCCGCAUCGAGGGCGUCAACGCCUCCAUCACUACCAUCCAAAAUGACUCUAAGGACAAGGACGGCAACGUCGUCAAGGCACUCGUGGGGAACCCCAUGCCGACGGCCAAACGUUGGCUCCUUCAGCUUGCGGCAGUGGAUGUCUGCCACGACGACACCUGCUGCCCCGAAACCAAGCUCCUCAAGGAUGCCGUCAAGACGCACCCCAUCAAGGCGGAAGACACGGAGACACCCGUCGCUAGCGGCAAGCCCACCAGCGCCAAGGCGAAAGGUGGCAAGACCAAACCUAAACGCUCCAAGUGA